AUGGAAAUUCCACCGAUAGAGACAACCACUGAUGAAUCCACCGUCGCUUGCUCUCUGAACAAGGACAUAUCCGACUCCGACACAAGAGAAGAUGAUUAUUCCUCCGACGGAGAAAAAGAAGGAGAAGACUACGAAAGCAACGGAGAAGAAGGAGACGAAUAUGAUGGCGAAAGCAACGAAGAGGAAGAUGAUGACGAUGAUGAUAACGAAAGCGACAGAGAAGAAGGCGAUACGGAAAGAGAGGGAGAAGACAAUGGAGAUAGUAUAGUGGACGAUGGAUAUUCAACAAACGAUCAACCAGAGUGGGAAGUGGAUAACUUCGAUGAUUUAUAUAGCGAUUUCUGUUCACCUGAUGAAGACUGUUAUACCGACGAAGAAGAUGAGCGUAAAAGACGUCUUUAUCGUCGAAAUCUCCACUUUAGUCGUGGUUUUCUGGUGGAAAAAGGGAUUCAUCCACGUUCCGUAUGGAUUGGUGCAAUCUUACUUGAACCAUUGGACAGUGAACAUUCUCCGGUUAAAGGAAGGACACAACUUCAAUACGCACAAGACAUGGUCAAAUUGUGUCUUCGCAAAUACAAUGCCUUAAAGGAAACCAAUGUGACAUUGGAUCAUGUUGUAAGAGUGACAGGGUCUUUCACUGGUAGGUGGGUUUCGUAUAUUACUUUUAUGGCGAAAGAGUCUGAGGACGAUGAUACGCUUGUGGAGUAUCAAGCCAAGGUUGUGAAGAAAUUACAAUGUAAGACUUAUCCUAUGUUUUGCAGGCCUAGUCCUAAGCUAGAUCCAGAUUUGUAG